UGCAAGAUGGCCGAUCUGAACAAAGAGCUGAACGAGUAUCUUCUCAGUAACAAAAAUGAGAAGCAAUACAAGAUUACCAUACCCACGGUAGCGAUAUCGAGGGCAAAUUUCGGGAAAUGGUUCGGAAAGAGCGAUGACGAAUCAAAAGAGGACGCAGGAUGGAUCAGAGGGGCACAAAAAGAAUGUUGCCCUUCCAUGACGAGAACACAAAGGCUUGUAUCUUUCGGCGUAUGUUUCCUCCUGGGAUUAUUAUGCUUCUGCCUGUCGGCAAUAUAUAUUCCUGUGUUGUUACUGAAAGCGAGAAAAUUUGCCCUACUUUAUUCCUUAGGUAGUCUUUUCUUUCUAACGAGCUUCUGUUUUUUAUGGGGACCAAUGAGCUAUACUAAAUCAUUAUUCACAGCUGAAAAGAGGUGUUUUACCUUGUCAUAUUUCACAACCUUAGCAGGCACACUUUAUUUUGCUCUACACUUGCAAUCAACUCCCUUGACAGUAUUUUGUGCUGUUUUGCAAUUGAUAGCUAUGCUAUCCUUUCUGAUAAGUCAUGUGCCAGGAGGCACAACAGGACUCAUGUUUUUUACAAGAAUGUUUAAAUCAUCUGUAAAGUCAACUUUGCCUGUAUGAUAGCACUAUUACUUUUAGAAUGUCAAUGUUUUAUAAUAAAAAUAACAUCCCCUA